AUGCUACCAGUUAUUGCCGAAGAUAAACAUAUUGAGACCUUUUUAGCUUUAGCUGAUGGGAUAGUCCAUGAAACUUCAGUUGAAAACAUUAAAGAUUUGGUUUCACCAGACUUCCCAAGAGAAAAGUUGGAAGAAUAUGUCAAGACAUUCACUCGUCCUUCACAAACUCCAGCAUUCAAAGAACAGAUUACUACUGUGUUUAAUAAAACACCCACAAGUUCAGUUACCUCAUUUGUUAUAACCAUGAACGCCUUGCGCUCGAGGAUAUUUAGUCCAUUAUUUACCAACUCCAUGACUUUGAUAACUGAUAUGACUUUAAAGCAACGUGAGGAGUUGUUAGCUUCCUGGCGUGAUUCUCCAGUUCCACUCAAGAGAAGAUUGUUUAGAUCUAUAUAUUCUGUUACUAUGUCAACAUUUGUCUUAUUAGCUAAUGACUUGCACUUAAAAGCUAUUGGGUAUCCUGGAAGAGAACUACGUGAAACUCUUUACAAGGGCCAACAAGUUGAUCCAUUCAGAUAUGAAUUUUUAGACAAGCCUAUAAAAGAAGGUUCUGAAUUACACUUACCUGAAAUUGAUGCCUUGGUUAUUGGUUCUGGAAGUGGUGCUGGUGUAGUUGCUCAUACGUUAGCCAAAGAAGGAUACAAAUCUUUAGUUCUUGAAAAAGGGAAAUAUUACCACCCAUCCGAGUUGAAAUUUAACGAUUACGAGGGUGUGAAUGCAUUAUAUGAAAAUUCUGGAACCAUUGCAUCCUUGAACCAACAAAUCUUCAUUUUAGCCGGAUCUAAUUUUGGAGGUGGUUCAACAGUCAAUUGGAGCAUGUCCCUCAAGACACCAUUUAAAGUUAGGAAGGAAUGGUAUGAUGAUUUCGCACUUGAUUUUGUUGCUAGUGAUAUUUACGAUGAAUGUCAGAAUUAUGUAUUUGAACAAAUGGGGGUUUCUGACCAAAACAUUAAUACACCUUCCCUUGCGAAUGAAGUUAUCAUUGAAGGUGGAAAGAAGUUGGGUUAUAAACUGAAAGUAGGUGCCCAAAAUACUGGAGGUCAUCCAGAUCACUCUUGUGGAUUCUGUUAUUUAGGUUGCAAGUUUGGUGUCAAACAAGGGGCUACUGCUAAUUGGUUUAGAGCUCCAGCUGAAAACGGAUCGAAAUUCAUGCAAGAAGUUAAAGUGAUUCAGAUUCUUCAUUCAAAUGGUAUUGCCAUUGGUGUUUUAUGUCAAGAUACGAUAACUGGAAUUAAAUUUAGAAUUACUGGUCCAAAGAAAUACAUUGUAGCUGGAGGUAGUUUGCAUACGCCAAUCGUUUUGCAAAAUUCUGGUUUCAAGAAUAGACACAUUGGUAAAAAUUUGAAAUUACAUCCUGUUUCUUGUGUGGCUGGGGAUUUUGGAAAGGAUGUUGUUGCAAAAGCGUACGAAAAGCCUAUAAUGACAUCGGUCUGUACUGAAGUUGAUGAUUUGGAUGGUAAAGCUCAUGGAGCAAAGAUUGAAACAAUCUUAAAUGCACCAUUUAUUCAAGGUGUAUUUUUGCCUUGGGAUGGUAGUGAUGCCACACGUAGAGAUAUCUUACGUUAUAAUAACUUAACUACCAUGUUGUUAAUCACUCGUGAUAAAUCGUCGGGAAGUGUCAGAGCCGAUCCAUCUAAACCUGAAGCUUUGAUGAUUGAUUAUACUGUCAACAAAUAUGACCGUAAUGCCCUUUUACAAGCCCUUUUGACCGCUUCUGAUAUGUUGUAUAUCCAGGGUGCCAAAAGAAUCAUCAGUCCUCAACAUUGGAUUCCUAUUUUUGAGUCCAACACUCCUAAGGAACAAAGAACUAUAGAAGAUAGGGAUUAUGUUGAAUGGAGAACUGCUGUUUCUAAGAUCACUUUGGAUAGUUAUGGAACUGCGUAUGGGUCAGCUCAUCAAAUGUCGUCUUGCCGCAUGUCUGGUAAAGGACCCAAAUAUGGUGCUUGUGAUGAAAAGGGUAGACUUUUCGAAUGUUCUAAUAUCUAUAUUGCUGAUUCGAGUGCUAUGCCAACUGCUAGUGGGGCUAAUCCUAUGAUUACUACUAUGGCAAUGGCCAGAUAUGUGGCGUUGAAUAUUGCUAAGGAUUUGAGACCAAAGGCUAAAUUAUGA